AGCUGAUCUCGGGAUUCGGGUGCGGAGCCCUUGGCCUGGAAGCGAUAUGGGUGGUCCAUGGUGCGGUUCAGUCGCUUGCAGCAGCCCGGGGAACAGGCCUGUCUGGCCCUGAGGGAGUCCCCCUUUCGAAGCGGUGGUGCUUGGACGACCUGCUCUCUACGUUGCUGGGCACCUGUAGGUGUCCCCCGAGAGCUCAGUUUUGAGGUUCAAGUCAGUGUGGCCAUGAAGGGGCUGCCUAUUGGGCUGAUGCUGUGACUGACCCUGGAGUCUGCCUCUCCUGCCAGUCCCCCUGCCCGGAACAUGUGGCUGCGGCUUGGCCCGCCCUCGCUGUCCCUGAGCCCCACACCCACAGUUGGCCGGAGCCUGUGCCUCAGUCUGUGGUUUCUCAGUUUAGUGCUGAGGGCCAGUACCCAGACCCCAGCACCCACGGUCAAUACUCACUUUGGGAAGCUAAGGGGUGCCCGGGUGCCAUUGCCCAGUGAGAUCCUGGGGCCUGUGGACCAAUAUCUGGGGGUGCCCUACGCAGCUCCCCCGAUCGGCGAGAAACGUUUCCUGCCCCCUGAACCACCUCCAUCGUGGUCAGGCAUUCGGAACGCCACACACUUUCCCCCAGUGUGCCCCCAGAACAUCCACACAGCUGUGCCCGAAGUCAUGCUGCCCGUCUGGUUCACUGCCAACUUGGAUAUCGUCGCCACUUACAUCCAGGAGCCUAAUGAAGACUGCCUCUACCUGAAUGUCUAUGUGCCCACGGAGGAUGUAAAGCGGAUUUCCAAGGAAUGCGCCCGAAAGCCCAACAAGAAAAUUUGUAGGAAAGGAGGAUCCGGCGCUAAGAAACAGGGCGAGGACUUAGCGGAUAAUGACGGGGAUGAAGAUGAAGACAUCCGGGACAGUGGUGCUAAGCCGGUCAUGGUCUACAUCCACGGAGGCUCUUACAUGGAAGGGACAGGCAACAUGAUUGAUGGCAGUGUCCUCGCCAGUUAUGGCAACGUCAUCGUCAUCACCCUCAACUAUCGAGUUGGGGUGCUAGGUUUCCUGAGUACUGGAGAUCAGGCUGCCAAGGGCAACUAUGGGCUUCUUGACCAAAUCCAAGCCCUCCGGUGGGUGAGCGAGAAUAUUGCCUUCUUUGGAGGAGAUCCCCGCCGUAUUACUGUCUUUGGCUCGGGCAUCGGUGCGUCCUGUGUCAGCCUCCUCACACUGUCACAUCAUUCUGAGGGGCUUUUUCAGAGGGCCAUCAUCCAAAGUGGCUCUGCUCUGUCCAGCUGGGCUGUGAACUACCAGCCAGUGAAGUAUACCAGCCUUCUGGCAGACAAAGUGGGCUGUAACGUGCUGGACACCGUGGAUAUGGUGGACUGUCUUCGGCAAAAGAGUGCCAAGGAGCUGGUAGAGCAAGACAUACAGCCAGCUCGCUACCAUGUGGCCUUUGGCCCUGUGAUUGAUGGUGAUGUCAUUCCUGAUGAUCCUGAGAUUCUAAUGGAACAGGGAGAGUUCCUCAAUUAUGACAUCAUGCUGGGUGUCAACCAAGGCGAGGGUCUCAAGUUUGUGGAAGGGGUGGUUGACCCUGAGGAUGGUGUCUCUGGCACUGAUUUUGACUAUUCUGUCUCCAACUUUGUGGACAAUCUAUAUGGCUAUCCUGAGGGUAAGGAUACCCUGCGGGAGACCAUCAAGUUCAUGUACACAGACUGGGCAGACCGUGACAACCCUGAGACCCGUCGUAAAACACUGGUGGCACUCUUUACUGAUCACCAGUGGGUGGAGCCGUCAGUGGUAACAGCUGAUCUGCACGCCCGCUAUGGCUCACCUACCUACUUCUACGCCUUCUAUCAUCACUGCCAGAGCCUCAUGAAGCCUGCCUGGUCAGAUGCAGCUCAUGGGGAUGAAGUACCCUACGUUUUUGGUGUCCCUAUGGUAGGCCCUACUGACCUCUUCCCCUGCAACUUCUCCAAGAACGAUGUGAUGCUUAGUGCUGUUGUCAUGACCUACUGGACCAACUUUGCCAAGACUGGGGAUCCCAACAAGCCCGUCCCCCAAGACACCAAGUUCAUUCACACUAAGGCCAAUCGUUUUGAAGAAGUGGCCUGGUCCAAAUACAAUCCCCGGGACCAGCUCUACCUUCACAUCGGGCUAAAACCCAGGGUCCGUGAUCAUUACCGAGCCACUAAGGUGGCCUUUUGGAAACACCUGGUGCCCCAUCUGUACAACCUCCACGACAUGUUCCACUAUACAUCCACGACCACCAAAGUGCCACCUCCGGAUACCACCCACAGCUCCCACAUCACGAGAAGGCCCAAUGGGAAGACCUGGAGCACCAAGCGGCCAGCCAUCUCCCCUGCCUACAGCAAUGAGAACGCCCAAGGGUCCUGGAAUGGGGAACAGGAUGCAGGGCCACUUCUGGUGGAGAACCCUCGAGACUACUCCACUGAAUUAAGCGUCACCAUUGCCGUGGGAGCCUCACUCCUGUUCCUCAAUGUUCUGGCCUUUGCUGCCCUCUACUACCGGAAGGACAAACGGCGUCAAGAGCCUCUACGGCAGCCUAGCCCCCAAAGGGGAGCUGGGGCCCCUGAAUUGGGAGCCGCUCCUGAGGAGGAGCUAGCAGCACUCCAGCUGGGUCCCACUCACCAUGAGUGUGAGGCUGGUCCCCCCCAUGACACCCUGCGUCUCACAGCAUUGCCCGACUACACCCUGACCCUGCGGCGUUCCCCUGAUGACAUUCCACUCAUGACCCCCAACACCAUCACGAUGAUCCCCAACUCCCUCGUUGGGCUGCAGACAUUGCACCCCUAUAACACCUUUGCCACAGGGUUCAACAGUACCGGGCUGCCCCACUCACACUCCACUACCCGGGUAUAGCUCCAAUGCAGAGCACAGCUCAUCUCCUGGCUCCUUCCCUCCCAGAUACACACACACACACACACACACACACAUACACACACACACACACACAGACGCACAUGCCCUGUGCGCACACACACAUCCAUACACACCACAUAUGUAUACGCACGCACCCGCACCCUAUAGCAGACCCAUCUGCACAGAAACAGAUGUGGACAUGCACCUGCAUGUAUAAGACCACCAAUACAGAAGUCAAUCUGAGCAAACCCUUCCAAUGGGGGCGCAAAAGAGUCCUCAAUAAACUGAGGACCCAAAGAACAGCAGCUGAAACCAGCUCCCUGAGCCUGACCACAGACACUCCUGGGGGGCCCUGAAAGCAAUCGCUGAAUACCCCCUUGGUGCUCGCCUUCGGCAUCUCUUGGAACUGCACCAUCAACCAACUCCAGACUUGGGAGCUUUAAAGAGCAAAAUAGCUCUUCCUCCCCCAGACUUGGUCUUUUUUCUGGGUCUUGUUUUUGUGUUGAUUUUUUUUAAAAGAAAAAUGGAAACAAAUGCUUUUUCCAAUCCAUGACUGCUAAGAGGCUCCAGGUCCAGGUCUGUCUGGUUCUGGAAUCCCUAUGUUCACACAUCCGACCAAGAAAAGGACACCCCCUCUCCCAGAAGAAACCAAUUUGAGCAAGAUCACUGGGGAGAGUUCUCCUGCCUUCCAUGUGUCCCCAAAGAGGGCUGCAGAGCUGGCGACAUGACUUGCUUUUUCUAAAGGCUAACAGCCUUGGCCUGGCUAGACCAGGGGAUCCUAAACCUGGUGAAUAAGGUACUGUGGAGGCUGUGUCCUUCUUGGGACCCUGGGUACAUAGUCUCGAUCUGCCUCUGCCCUUGGGGAAAUGCUAUUGGAAUUUGCCCCCAUUUUCUUUAGUCUCUUUUUGUGUCUGUCAUUUCUCUUUCAAAAAGGCAGUGUUGGUUUUUUUUUUCUUCUUCUUCUUUUGUUAUUGUUGUUGUUGGCUUUUUUUUUUUUAAAGAAAAGUUCUUAAAACACUAACGGAAAACCCAUGGAGUUUGUCCUUUGUAAAAAUUUUAAACAGUGUCUUGAUAUAAAAAUAAAAAAUCCAGUUAGCACUCCCAACCUGCCUCCCUUGCACCGGGCAUUGCCC